UGAAGAAGAGGCGCCCAACAGACCACAGACCACAGACCACAGACCACAGACCACUGACCAGAGAAGUAUGAUAAUGGAGCUGAGGUUGAGUGAUAUAUAGUCAUUACUAGUAUUGCAUUGCAAUAAACAAAAACCAAAAAAAAUAAAAAUUAUUUUUUAAAAUGUACCAAAUCUCACUACAGUGAGUCGAGUCGAGUCGAGGAGAUGAGCGAGUGAGGGAACUCACCGAGUGCAAAAUACAUGUAUGGCGAUGGAAGCAAAGCUCCACAACCCGCCAUUUUCACCCGACCUUGUUCCGAGGUCGCUCACUCUAGAGGAGGGCCACACUCUCAGGCGGCACUUCCGUUUUCUUUUUCUUCGAAUUCGAGUUUCUUUGUUAACGCUGGCUUGUUUCUCGAGCCCACGGUUUCUAAAUUUCUUCUUGGCUCGCUGUCAAUGGUGACGGAGGAUGAAAGGCAGUGUUCAGCUUCGAUCGGGGUUUCGGGGUCUGUUUCUUCGUCGGUCUGUCGACCCAAAGUGGUGGUCGGAGGAACGUUUUUGUCGGUGAGCUUGAGAAGCAACGGGAUUGUUCGGGAAACGAAGAGGUGUUUGGUUCAGAGCGGAUAUGAAGGUUCUGAGGAGGCAGUAGUCGAGGAAAGGAAGAAGGAAGGGAAAAUUAGGGUUCGGGGAGGGGCUGCCAUGAACACCACCAAGCAUUUAUGGGCUGGUGCUAUUGCCGCUAUGGUUUCCAGAACUUUUGUCGCCCCACUUGAGAGACUAAAGCUGGAAUAUAUAGUUCGUGGUGAGCAGAAGAAUCUAUUUGAGCUCGUCAGAACAAUAGCCGCUUCUCAAGGUUUGAGAGGUUUUUGGAAAGGAAAUAUCGUUAACAUUCUUCGUACUGCUCCAUUUAAAGCAGUCAAUUUUUAUGCGUACGAUACUUACAGAAAACAAUUGCUCAAAUUUUCUGGGAAUGAGGAGACCACAAAUUUUGAGAGAUUCAUUGCUGGUGCUGCAGCUGGCAUCACUGCGACUAUACUCUGCUUACCACUUGACACAAUCCGAACUAAAAUGGUUGCACCUGGUGGAGAAGCCUUGGGUGGUGUUGUUGGUGCUUUUCGCUACAUGAUCCAAACUGAGGGAUUUUUUUCCCUUUAUAAGGGCCUGGUACCCUCCAUUCUAAGUAUGGCACCUUCAGGUGCAGUAUUCUAUGGUGUAUAUGAUAUACUGAAAUCAGCUUAUCUUCGUUCACCAGAAGGUAGGAAACGGAUUCGUAACAUGAACCAGGGGCAGGAACUCAAUGCUUUUGAUCAGCUAGAGUUGGGACCAGUUAGGACAUUGCUGUAUGGUGCUAUUGCUGGUGCUUGUGCUGAAGCUGCGACUUACCCAUUUGAGGUUGUGAGGAGACAGCUUCAAUUGCAAGUCCAGGCAACUAGAUUGAGUGCCCUGGCGACUUGUGUGAGAAUUGUUGAGCAUGGAGGAGUAUCAGCUCUCUAUGCAGGACUAAUUCCCAGUUUGUUACAGGUACUUCCAUCUGCUUCAAUAAGUUAUUUCGUCUAUGAAUUCAUGAAGAUAGUUCUUAAAGUUGAAUGAAGAGGGAAAUUGAUUCCGGAAAAAGAAUCCGCCAGGGAGGUCGUACAGCAAGUGAAAGAGAACAACCAUCUAUAAAUUCAGAAUGGUAGGGUUAUUAUAUUAACAUAGCAAAUGCUAUUGAAUUGGGCAAAAUAUUUUUCCAUGCAAAAAGGUAGGAAAUUGAGAAUCUUUCUCACGAAUCCUAUUCCAAAACUUUACACUUAGGCAAGACACUUGAUUUCAAUUGAUGACAUUGAUAACAAAACCAAUUUGAUUUUGAUGAGGAAAUAGCUUUAUAUUAUAUAUACACCUAGCAAAUUCUCACCCCCAUGAGACAGGAAGCAAUAUAAGGUCGUUUAUGCUUUUGACA